ACUAGCAUAUGCAUGAUUAGUUCUGCGGUGUCACGUGUGCUUAACUACUCUUACCAUUCUGUCUCGAUGUUGCACGAGCUAGGUCAGUGGCAAGGUACGGAUCUGUCUAUGCUCAUGGACGACAUGGACGACUCGCGCCUGUUCAUGCAGUGGGCGGUGAGCACACUGGAGCAGCAGGAUCCAGGAGGAGCCGACGGCGGCAGCGAGAAGAGCGCCUACUUCCCGAGUCCCCAGGCGCUCCGCGAUUCCGCGGAGCUGGCGGAAGCACAAAACAGUCUGAGCUCCGGCGACGACACGGGCGGCGGUGGAGGAAUCAUCAGCCCUGCUCCCGAUGCGGCUGUGCACGAAGGCAGUUGGUCCAUGUCGUCCCCAACCUCGGGCGGGCUGUUCGCGCCCAGCAGCAUGAGCAGCACCGGCACCAGCAACGCCCUGUCCAUGAGCUGGAACUUCGGCGCUGUCUUGCCGCCGCAGCCGGUCAGCAGCGGUGGCGGGGGCACGCUGGCCGCCGGGGUGCCGCUUGGUUCCUGCGUGUCACAGCGGACAAGGAGGGCAUCCACAAAGAGCACGCCGUACGCGCAAGACCACAUCAUGGCGGAGCGGAAGCGCCGGGAGAAGAUCAACCAGCGCUUCAUCGAGCUCUCCGCCGUCAUUCCCGGCCUCAAGAAGAUGGACAAGGGGACGAUUCUUACCGACGCAACGAGAUACGUGAAGGAGCUCCAAGAGAAGGUCAGGUCACUGGAGGCUGCCGGCGGAAACCAUAGGAGCGUCGAGACCGUGGUGCUCGUCAGGAAGCCGUGCCGCCCUGUCGCGCCAGACGUCGGCGAGAGCUCCGCACGGUUCCUCUUGGCGGCCGGGACGCCAGCAAUUGGAAACCAGCUGCCGGAGGUCGAGGCAAAGCUCUCGGAGGACAACGUCAUGGUGAGGAUCCACUGUGAAAUGAAUGGAAAGGGUCUGGUCGCCAGGGUUCUUGCGGAGGUCGAGGAGCUCCACCUCCGCAUCGUCCACAACGAUGUGAUGCCAUUCACGGCGUCCACCGUGAUCAUAACCACCAUGGCAAAGGCAAGUUAUCAUCAGUAAUACUAGCUGGCGUACGUUAUCCACGUAUGCACACGUGCCCAAUUGGAAUCGUUAGCUUGAUGUGUACCCUGUAGAAAAUUCAAACCUAGUAGCUAUUCUAGGCUAGUACCAUGAAAUAAUUGAAGGGGUGUGCCAUUGUUAGAACGUGUCUACAGCUCAAACUAAUAAAAAUGUUGUGGACGUAUGCAUCUCACGCCUAAAAACCAUAGUUAAUUUCUUCUCUCUCAUAUACACAAGGACGUGCGCUAGGUAAGGGUGUCGCCUACAAUGGCUGACUCAGUCUCAUCACGUAGGAUAGUUGUUGUUAAGACGACGGGGGCAGACGCUUGAGGGGAGUGGGGGUAAGACCCCCACUCAAAAUAUGAGAUUCCAAUAGAAUUUCUCUGUACUUUUAGAAUACAAAUGCUAAAACUCUGUAUUUAUACAAAAUGCCCCAUGCACUCAUACAGUUUGCCCUCAGUCAGAAACGUAGUUUGUAGGCCCACCCCUAGUUAAAAGUAUAUACUGUACUCUUAAGAGUCGGGCUAAUUAAGAGUCACACACUCACACUCUCUUUUGAUUGAAGGAUAAACAUAGGAAUUUUGCAAGAUUCUGAUCAAUAGGCCGGGAAGUGAAAAUCUCUCCCAUUUUAAGGCAAACUUUCCAUUUCCCCUCGACCCCCGUGUCGCCAACCCUAGGCGACAUGGGGGGAGAUCGCGCCGCCGGCCCUAGGACUCCUCUCCUCGGCCCCUCCCUCCCGCCGCCGCCGGAGAUCACGCCAGACGAAGCCUGUGCGGUCAGCUGUGAUGGCGGCGGCGGGGCAUUUUUUCCUCGCCCGGGGGCGGCGAACCCCUCUGGUGGAGGCGGCGACACACAUCAUGACAGUGAUUCGGUGGCAAGGUGCGGCGGGAUCCCGGCGGCGACAGCGGAGGCGUGGCCACCCCUCGCCGGAGGCGCUAUUAUGGCGGCGGCCGGGUUCGCUGAUCCGCCUUGUGCCCCAGACCUGGUAUGUGGCUAGGUUGGGACCUUCGGCUUUAGAUGUUAGGCUUAGGUGAGAGGUCGGGGUAUUCGGCUCACACUCUCUGCACCCCUUCAUGAAUGGAUAGGAGUAGCGACAGAUGUUGCCAAGAUGGCGGCUUCAGACAUAUUGAUGUAUUACUUUGUAUUGUCUUUGUGAAUCAUUAAUAAAGUGGCUGCAUGCAUCUUCCAGAUGCAAAGGCCGGGGGUCAUCCUCCUUUUCUAAAAAAAAUGUCAUCCCAGUCCUAUGUUUUAAAUUUCCUACGAUAUAUACAGUCAAUCCAACUAAGACCUUAUCAUAUAAAUAUGUUUAUUGUCGACUCUAGAUUUUUUUGCGAAAUAUUGUCGACUCUAGAUGAUGUGAAGGGAAAGAAGAGUCGACAAUGGAUUAUACUUCCUCUGUAAACUAAUAUAGAUAUUUUAGAUCACGAAUGCGUAAACUAAUAUAAGAUCAAGUAAGAGUUAAACCUUACUUUCAUUUACUAGGUACCAUAUAUUCUUUGUUAAUGCCAAUCAUAUUGCUAAUGUAGUCAAAACUAGUUUUUGUGUGUGGGAGUAGUCAAGACUAGUUAGAUUAUGUUGUACACUACCCAUUGAUUUCUGAAAGCCAGCGUUGCGUUUCAGCAGUUCAAUUUGCGAUAUUUACAAUUCAUUAGUUUUUUUCCAGUGUCUAGGAACAUGGCGGUAUUACACUAUGUUGACGAUUUAGUAUUUCAUUAUAUUGUAAGAAAUAAAUGAUCAAAUAGUUACUUGUAGAGAGUGCAAGAGUCCUGUGAGAAUAUGUACUAUAUACACGCACGAGCCCCCC